AACAAAAAGAAGGCAAGCAAAACAACAUACACACAAAAUAAUGCGGAAUCGAGAAUUUUUGACUCAGAAUUAAGAGAUUAUACAUAAUUAUAGAAAGUUCUUAAAGCACGGGGUAAACAACCACAUCGUUUUCUUUCAUUUCUUGCACUUAUCAAAGAAAAGAAAUUCGAUUGCACUGAGUGUGUGUGUGUGUGUGUGUGUGGGUGUGUGUGAAUGGUUUUGUGAAUUAUGGAUUCAGUGACAUGAGUACAUCAGAUGUUUAUUGAUUCAUAUUGACCGAUUUGUUGUGGUUUUUUUCCUUCAUGCUAUUUUUUCAUUCAUACAGCUGUGAAAUCGGCUAGGCUAAAAUGUGUUUAGAGUGUGACAAAAUGGUAUCGGGGUCGGAAAGCAUUCUGGGUCGGAUGGCACUAUCCGUUGGAGCAACAGAGCCAGCCCUUAGACUGUUGAUCUCGAUUAUAAUCGGUUAUCCUUUGGCAAUACUCUAUCGAAGGAACAUUUAUUCGCAAAGCAAAACAAUCAAUCACCUGUAUAUAUUCGGUACGGGAAUGUUAAUAUGCUUAUUCAAUUAUGGGUGGCUAUUUUAUCACAGUUUGUCCGCUGUUUUGGUGUCCUACGGACUAAUCGUACUAUUGAAUGGAACACCAUUGGUGGUGACGACAUUCGUCGUUCACAUGACUUAUCUGUUGGUUGGUUACUAUACAACAGCUACUGAAACCUAUGACAUCACAUGGACGAUGCCACAUUGUGUGCUGACAUUGAAACUGAUUGGUCUUGCAUUUAAUAUUGCCGAUGGUCAGCGACCCGAAUCCGAACUAUCGGCCACACAGAAAAAAUUAAUGGUCAAAGAAAAACCGAGCCUACUUGAAGUGGCCGCAUUUACUUAUUUUCCCGCCAGUUUUCUGGUCGGUCCACAAUUCUCAUUUCGACGAUAUCUCAGCUUUAUUAAUAAGGAGUUUGAUAAGCAUGACGGCUACUUGAUGGCUGGUGCCAAACGUGCUGCCGUUGGAGCGUGUUACUUAAUCGUCAAUGUUGUCGGUUCGGGCUAUUUGAAUGACAAGUAUGUGAUAUCAAGUGACUUCACCAACAACCAUGGUAUUGUUACGCGACUCUUUUUGGUUGCAUUGUGGGGACGCAUUACUUUAUACAAGUAUAUAUCGUGCUGGCUGCUCACCGAAUCCGUUGCCAUUUGCUUUGGAAUUACAUUUAAUGGUGUCGACGAAAAGGGUGUUGCCGAUUGGUCGGGAUGCUCCAAUAUUAAGUUGCUUGUGUUCGAGAAUACAAAACGGUUCCAGCAUUACAUUGACAGUUUCAAUGUGCAAACAAACUAUUGGAUUGCCGAAUAUGUCUAUAAGCGACUUCGGUUCUUAAACAAUCGCAACUAUAGCCAGUUGGGUGCAUUGGUUUUCCUAGCGCUCUGGCAUGGAUUCCAUAGUGGUUACUACAUUACAUUUGCCAUGGAGUUCGCUGUGAUCAUAUGCGAACGAGAGAUGGAACCCGUUUUCUCUCAAAGCGAAAAGUUUGCCAACUUUGCGAAUACUUUAGUGGGCAAAGUGAUAAUAUUUAUUCUGUUAAAAUUGUAUACAUUUAUUGGUAUGGGCUACUGUUUUGCUCCAUUGGUGCUGCUUAGUUUCAGCAAAUGGUGGGCCUUACACUAUUCACUCUGGUUCUAUGGAUACCUUUUAUGGCUGCCAUGGCCCAUUUACAAGCCACUGUUGAAACAAUUAUUAGGAACAAAAAAAGCUGAACGCAAAAAGGAGUAGUAUUUUUAAGCUAUGCUCUUUUUUUUAUGCUCGCAUAUAAAUACUAUGUUGUGCACAGUACAAUAAGAUUCGAAGGAAAAGAAAAUAUAUGAACAAAAAAAGACAAACUGCAAUCUCAUAAAUGCAAAAUUAACUACAAUCGCCUCGAAAGAAAACAAAACAUUGACUGUAAAUGCUAUUUUUGCAAACAAUUGAACGAAAGAAAUGAGAAGAAGAUAAUAAAAGCCAGAACAUCAAACAAAUCAUGUGACUAAACAAUAUGCUGCCACAUGGAGAUUUAAAACGAAAACAACAACAAAAAAACGCAAAAUAAUAUAAUUCUAAAUUCGUAGAUUGCCUAGUAAAACGUAUGAAACGAGAACCGAGCACAAAUCAUUCAGUUUUCUUAUUGAAUGGCAACGAUGUAACACACUAUUUAUACAAGAAAAUGUAAUAAUUUUUUUUUAAUCCUAGAUUCCUCAUGUCAAGAAAUGCGAUUGACAUAAAUCGGAGAACAAUCAAAUCCAUUGUUUAAAAGUGUCAAAAAUUUGUCUAACGUGUGUUCCAAAUAAUUUAUUUUGUCAAAUUGUUGUUUUUGCACACAUUUUUGUUUAUAAUACGACAACCACAUGAUGUACACCAACAGUGCAAAAAAUAAAAUUAUAGAGGACACCUUGAAGAACAAAAAUGUAUUUUGAAGCAAUGUGAUACGACGUACGGUUUACGUUAUACAGGCGUUCAAGUGUUGCCCGUCUAGAGGCGGUUGUAUGCAUUAGAGGGUUAAUGUGAAAAUGAACAUAAGUAAACAACCGAAAAAAACACAAGCAACAAAUGGAUAACUUUUGCUUUGCUUUUAUUUAAUAGCGACAAACACUUUGAGCCAGCACCAAAAAUGCUAAUUUAUGAAUGACUAACGAAUUAUAUACUGCUAGCGUUUCUAACUUAAUUCAAUUUAUUCAAUAGACAUUGCUAUUCUCUCUCUCUCUCUCUCUCUCAAGUUUUUUGUCAUAUUCACUCACAUUGAUAUGAAUUUUUUGAACAAGCAAUUCAAACUUAUGUAAUUGUUUUUUUUUUACCUCCGUUUCAAAUCGUUGGAGUUUCAAGUCAGUUUAAACCAAAAAUGAAAAAAUCUUACUAUUUGGAAAUAAAUAUCCUAUUGUUAAGCUAAACACAUUUUUCGCUCUCGUCAACAAUAAAGUGAUUUAAAUUUUUUGAUUCUGAA